UUUUGGCAAUAGGCAAAACGAUUGGAUUUGAACGUAAAAGAUCCCUUGUUAGACUCAUCCUCCCAAACCCAAUAUUAUCCUCGAAAUAUUCAGUUUUCUUCUUCAUCUCUCAAUUACGGAACCCCAAAAUCAAAUAGUAGAUUGAAACAGCUCGAUGUGCCAAUCAGGUUUUUGAUUUUGGGUUUUUAUCUUUUCUUAAGAGCAAGGGUGUUGAUUUCGCUAUUCCCUAGAAGUUUGGAUCAUUUAGUUUGUGCGAUGUUGUAAUGGCAACCUCAGAAGGGCGUGUUGCAUAUUCUUCACUUUCUAAGCUAGAGAAAGAGAACAGAAAAUCUCUGCUUGAUGAUGACUACUCUGAUUCUAUUUGGGCCCUGCAAGAAGGUGGUACUACUUACCAACCAGCAUCAAAGUCUUCAAAACAAGAGAAUUUAUACCCAUGUCCCUUUGGUUCUGAAGAUUUUAUCGAUGAGGGAUGUGAUUCAAAUGAGGAUCCUAUCAAUUUAACACCAACUAAUAGGGUACCGGAGGUGAACUUGAAGAAUGUGCUGACUGGGAUAUUUGCAAUUUUGACUGGGCGUAAUAAAGGUUCAAGCACUCCUGCAUAUCCUCAAUUACCCAGUUCGAAUGUUUCAUUCCUUGGCUCUGGAAAUAAUGGUGAUACCUACUUGCACUCAUCAGUUUACAUACCUAGUGCUCCACCUCUUCUCGAGCCCAAUGGGAUAGAUUAUACUGCUUACAAGGAGGUGUUGGAGGCUGAACCCCCCGAGUGGAUUCCUGAUAGUUCUACUACAGUUUGCAUGCAGUGCACUGCUCCAUUCACUGCAAUUACUCGUGGAAGGCAUCACUGCCGGUUCUGUGGGGGGAUCUUCUGCAGAGCAUGUUCUAAGGGAAGGUGCUUGUUACCUGUUAAAUUUAGGGAGAGGAAUCCUCAGAGAGUUUGUGAUGCUUGUUAUGACAGGCUUGAUCCAUUACAGAAUGUUCUCAUUAACAGCAUCAGCAAUGCUGUGCAAGUAGCAAAGCAUGAUGUGAUGGAUUGGACGUGCACAAGAGGAUGGCUGAAUCUUCCUGUGGGUUUGUCUAUGGAACAUGAGAUAUACAAAGCAACCAAUACAUUGAGAAGUUACUGUCAGGUUUCUAGGCUGAAUCCUGAGAGGUCCAUACCAUUAGCAGUUCUAAAGGGAGCCAAAGGCUUGGCAAUUUUAACGGUGGUUAAAGCUGGUGUUCUUGUUGCAUAUAAACUUGGCACUGGAUUGGUCAUUGCUCGAAGGUCAGAUGGAUCGUGGUCUGCCCCGUCAGCUAUAUGUUCUAUUGGCUUAGGGUGGGGUCCUCAGUUUGGGGGUGAGCUCAUGGACUUCAUUGUUGUACUUCAUGAUAUGAAAGCUGUCAAAACAUUUUGUAGUCGAAUGCAUUUCUCCCUUGGUGCUGGGUGUAGUGCUGCAGCAGGACCUGUUGGGAGAGUGCUUGAAGCAGAUAUUCGUGCGGGAGACAGAGGUUCAGGAAUGUGCUAUACUUACAGUUGUAGCAAAGGUGUAUUUGUGGGAGUAUCUUUGGAAGGAAAUAUUGUUGCCACAAGAAUGGAUACCAAUUUGCAGUUCUAUGGUGAUCCUUACCUUACAACAUCUGAUAUACUACUUGGCACAGUGGACAGACCAAAGGCUGCUGAGACCUUGUACACUGCUCUUGAUGAACUCUACUCUAGUCUAAGCUAUUAAGUUCCAAAUAUUCCCUUUAUGUAUAUAACAUCCCACUCACUAAUGCAAUCGCAUUUGUUUUACAUUGAUUUUUCAUCUUUGUCCGAAAACUGUAAAUUCUAAAGUGGCAGUUUAUUUGUGGUGUCCUAUGUAAUUGAACCAAAAAAUUCAUUUGGUUUACCUUAGGCUA